AGAUAAUGAAGCUAGAAAAGCGGUGUUCAUUAAUUCUUCUUCUCCUUCUUCACCUCCUUCUGUAAACUAGGGUUGGUCUAAAAUUCUUGACUAAAUUUGGAAAAGUACCUCUCUUUCAACUGUUUUCUGCAAAACCCAUCUUUCUUCUUUCCUUUUUUCUUUCUCUACAGUCCAGUCUCUCUCUCUCUCUCUCUCUCUCUCCAAAAUUUCCAUUUAUAGAAUGCUUAAUAACUAGAAGGGUGGAAGAUCUGCCAAAUUAGUUGAUUUUUGUCUGAAAGGGGCCGUCGGAUUAUUUUUUGGAGCAGAAAUGACGAGGAGGAAAAUCCAGAUAAAAAAGAUCGAGAACACGACGGCAAGGCAGGUGACUUUCUCCAAGAGGAGGAGGGGGCUGUUUAAGAAGGCUUUGGAGCUCUCAACUCUCUGCGACGCUGAAUUAGCUCUCAUAGUCUUUUCUUCCACUGGAAAGCUCUUUGACUACGCCAGCUCAAGUGUGCUGCAGGUAAUUGAAAGGCAAAAUCUGGAAUUGAAGAAUCUUGGCAAAAUGGACCAAUUAGCUUUGGACCUGCAGCUUGAGAACAGUAGCUACACCUCGUUGAGCAAUGAAAUCGUGGAAAAGACUCGUGAACUGAGGCAGAUGAAGGGAGAAGAGCUCCAAGGAUUGAAUAUAGAAGAACUAGAGAAACUAGAGCAACUUCUCCAAGAAGGCUUGAGCCGCGUUUUAAAUGCAAAGGAUAAAAGAUUUGUAGAAGAGAUCAGUGCCCUUGAGCGGAAGGUAACCCAACUGAUGGAGGAUAACCGGCGAAUAAAACAGAUGGGGAAUCUGUUCAACAUUAAAACACAUGUAAUUGAACAUGGUCGGUCAUCUGAGUCAAUCACCAAUAUUUGCAGCUCAGCUGAUCCUCCUCAACACCAUGACAACGACGACGACACUUCUCUCAAGUUGGGGUUACCUUUCUCUAACUGAUUUUGAAAGAUAAAGAAGGUCAAGAGUACAUGUGACACAUUUUCUCAAUCGAAAAACAAGCAUGUCUAAGUAAAACCGAUUUGUUUCCAGAAGGUGAUCAGCUAUAGAUGCCUAAUUUUCUUAUGAACAUGCAGAAUCAAGGAUAGGGGAGAGGGAGCAAAUCCCCCCUGUCCCACCUAAAAACAUUGAAAAAAUAAAUGGGAUUCUAUAAAUAAAUGAAUCCGUAGGAUUGAUCGACUCUCGAAAGCAUUGGAAAAAUAAACGGGAUUCUACAAAGGUGAGGGAUCUGGAUUGCAGGCAUAAUGCAGAAGAACAAUAAAUAGACUGAAAGGUUUGUUUCCAAGAGAUCACAUACUGUAUGAUUGUAUCCGUUCAUUUCGCUAAUAAAAAUGUUUUUGAGAGUUGA